AUGUGGACAUGCGGCCUGUGGGUUCCACUUGAUAAGGAUGCCCCUGCGAGAGUUCUCCUUCGCAGUGUCGACGCGAAGCUUGUCAAGACCAGCCAGCCAGUUUGUCUGGUUGAGGUGUGCCAUCCCGGUGCUGCUUGCAAGGCCUCGGCCCGACUUCGCUUCGGGUUCGGGUCAAUGCCAGUGAACCGAGCAGCAUCAAAGCGUGCCACUCCUGGCUUGUCCCGGCAUUUCUGCCUGGCUAAAAACUCGUCGCUGCCAUGGAAGGCGUAUUGCGUCUGCACUUCCAGCGGAGUCCAGCUUACAGUGAUAGUUUGUCUUCUGUUGCGGGCAUCCUUCGCAUCCCCUCAAAGGCCGCUUCAAUGUGCAGUGUCACCGGCCUAA